AUGAGGACGAGAGGGGGCUCGUUGCGGGGUGCCGCAGCCGAGAAUCUGGCUCUCGACAAGCAUGCCACUGCACGGAGGAGCCGUCGUCGAAGCACGCGUGCUUUCGGGGACCGACGGAGCGAGAACUUGGUUGCGGAGGAGGUAUCGAUCCCCAUGGCCGGCGCUGCUGCUGAUGACAAGGCUGGAGAGACAGAAGAAGCACACUGCUGUUCUCUCCCUGAGCAUGCCACGGGUGAUGUCGCGGCUGGAGACACCAAGCGUAUGUCGCCGUCGGCCGUCGCCAAUCGGCAGGAAAAGAGCUGCAACGUCGAGAACCAGCAUGUUGUCGAGCGCCGCCGCUCCGCGAGGUGCUUGUCCAUGAGCGCAGCGGUCGCCAGGCAGACCUCGUCCGUGCAGCGGUCUACGCGAUCGAGGUCAUCGACAGCAUCAUCGUUCGCGCCAACCGUACUCACGAACUGUGAUGUCAACGUGGCAACUGCCCUGGCCAAUACCCAGGCAGAUGAGACCGAAAGGGGUCGCGUUGAAGGCAGCACAUCAUCACCACCACCACCACCACCGCCAGCAGUAACAGCAGCACCGGAAGAGCCAGUCAAGCGGUACCCAGCACCAUCGGCACCGAGAGCUCAAGCGCCAGCGCCAGCCCUAGUAGAUGCCGAAGACACCCCCCCGGCGUUGGCGGAGCUUACUUCUGCUCCCGCGCUCAAGGUUUGCCCGAUAACAACAACAGCACCAAGGAGGAGGGCGUCAAUCCCGUGCCACAGGAGCGAGAAGCACCCGGCGGCGCUGCGGCGUCGGCCUUUUUCAGUAGGGUCCGGUGUUCUCGACAGUCGAAACCUGUUGAUCACUCCACCGGCUUUCGCAGCCCCACAGAUCAACCCAGCCAUCGGCAGCAACGGGUCGAUCGGAGACCCUGGCAAAGCGGUUCCUCGUGGAAGCUUGGCGGAGCUUGCGGUUGGUGCUACGCCGUUGCGGCAGCAGCUCCCCUCGGCGACAGGGCGGCUGCCCGCCAUCACUGUCGUCGAAGACAUCGACGUGGCAAGCCUGCUCGCCGUGCCGGCCCACGCGGCGACUUCCGCGGUGUCGACCUGCUCCGGUGUGCUGGAGGGCUGCAGUCGUGUCCUGGCGCGAGACGAGGAGCCGACCACGCCUUGCUCGACGGGGUUCGCGCUCGUCGACUACGACACGAGCCCUUCGACAGCGGCAGGGUCAUCCCCGGCCGCUGCGGUCCUUGUUGACUACGGGGCAAGCCCGCUCGGGGCUCCUCCGGCGGAGGUGGGGACGCCACCUUCGACGACGUGUGCGUCGCUGGCGGCGGCGCUCGUCGACUACGGCAUGACCCCGUCGGUCUCUCGACUUCGGAAGGAAGACGACAGCAGCCCUUCACCGAGGUUGGACGAAGAGGGGUUUGCUCCGGACCCGGACGACCCAGCACCGGAGGACGGGGGGCGGGUGGAGGGGAAAGCGCGGGUCACCUCGGAUCCAGCUGGGUCUCGUGGCGAGGCCCUCACACGCGGGGAGGAGGAAGAGGAGACGGCCGAUGCCCCUUGUCUUUCUACCCCGGAGGCGGGGGGGACCGUUGAACUGUCGAACCAGGAGCCUAUCGCGCCGAAAGAGAUCGAGGCAGCUGGGGCUGAGCCAGUAGAAGCGGUCGCAGAAGACGGGGUAAGUGGGCUGAGCGAAGAGUCUGUCGUCGUUGCACCGGAGGGAAGUUUGGUUGCGGCGGGUGUCGCCGGUCGUGCGGAGACUCCGGAUGAUGGCGAAGAGGCAAAGGCUGACGAGAUGGCGGCAGCUGUGGCGUCUACAGAGACAGAGGCAGCGAGUAAUGCACGGGGCGAAGAUCCGUACGCGGGCAUGAGUUCGCGUGACGUUGCCCCGGGAGGUGCUGAGGAGGCCAUGGCUGGCGUGGCGGCGGCAGGAAUUGUGCCUACAGAGACGUCGAACGACGCUCAGAGUGAAGCACCGCUCGCGGUGGCCAUGGAUCUUGAUAUCAGCGCUGCUCUCGAAAUGGUCGUGGCUGGCGUGGUGGCGAGAAUGGCAGUGUCUGCGGAGGAAGAUUGCAGUGCUCGGGCUGAACAACCGCUGGCGUCGGUCAUGGGACUUGACGCCCCAGGUGCCGUCGAAGAGGCCAUCGUCGACGAGGUGGUGACACCAACGGUGCCAACCGAGCCAGCAGACGACGAGCAGGGCAGAAAUCCACUUGAGGUAGCCGCGGAAUCCGACGCACCAGCGAUGGCAGUGCCGGAAGAGAUCGUUCCGGAGGUUGCCGAGGAGGUACCGUCGACUGGGCAGCUGGACGUCGACGAAGCUACUGCUGCUCAGCCGGCCAUGCUUACGUGCGAAGGACCGCCGGCGAGCCCGGGAGCAGUGGCCGGCACGGACGUAGCAUCGCAGAGCAACGGAUCGAGCUCGUCAGUGGAGCAUGCUCAGCAGGAUUUGUCUCCUCCGGUGGUACAAGAGGUGCGCGCUGUUCGUCGGUCCACGAGGCGUAGGUCAGUUGCUUUUCCGUCGGCGCCUUGCUUCGAAACGACGCUGAGUAGCGUCACCGCCGUCAGCGCUGACGCCUGUGGUGACAACCAGGGCAUUGAACCCGUCGAGGAGACACGCCCUCCUCAUCGCCCGAGACGGCGGCGAUCGGUUGCACCGGAAAAGCCUCGGUCGGUAGAAACACCGGCACCGACACCGGCACCGGCACUAGCACCAGUUCCCGCUCCAGCUCCCCCAGUCAUGGAUCUUGGUAUCACCGGUGCUCUUGAGGGGGCCGUGGCUGGCGUGGUGGCGAGAACGGCAGUGUCUGCGGAGGAAGAUUGCGAUGCUCAGGCUGAAGAAUUGCGGGCGUCGGUCAUGGGACUAGACGCCCCAGGUGUCGUCGAAGAGGACAUCGCCGACGGGGCGAUGACGUUAACGGUGCCAACCAAGCCAGCAGACGACGCCCAGGGUGGGUAUCCACUUCGGAUGGCCGCGGAAUCCGACGCGGCAGAGACGGCGGUGACGGCAGAGCUCGUUCCGGAGGUUGCCGAGGAGGUACCGUCGACUGGGCAGCUGGACGUCGACGAAGCUACUGCUGCUCAGCCGGCCGUGCUUACGUGCGAGGGACCGCCGGCCGUGACUGGCGUGGUGGCGAGAACGGCAGUGUCUGCGGAGGAAGAUUGCGAUGCUCAGGCUGAAGAAUUGCGGGCGUCGGUCAUGGGACUUGACGCCCCGGAUACCGUCGAAGAGGCCAUCGCCGACGAGGUGGUGACAUCAACGAUGCCAAACGAGCCAGCAGACGACGAGCAGGGCGGAGAUCCACUUGAGAUAGCCGCGGAACCCGACGCGCCCGAGACGGCGGUGCCGGAAAAGCUCGUUCCGGAGGUUGCGGAGGAGGUACAUGUACCGUUGACUGGGCAGCUGGACGUCGACGAAGCCACUGCUCGGCCGGCCGUUUUUGGGUGCGAGGGACCGCCGGUGAGCCCGGGAGCUGUGGCCGGCACGGACGUAGCAUCGCGGAGCAACGGAUCAAGCUCGUCAGUGGAGCAUGCUCAGCAGGACGUUUCUCCUUCUCCAGUGGUACAAGAGUUCGCGUUUCCGGUGCACGAAGGCCGUCCUCCUCCUCGUUCCGGAAGGCGACGAUCGAUCGCGCCAAAGAAGAUCCUCUCAGCACCAGCAGAAGCUGCAACGUCGACGGCGGCCACAACACCGACAGCGGCGGCGGCGGCGGCGGUGCCACCGUUUGGAGAGGCGACAUCGUCGGUGGCGGCAAAGGAGAAGAGCCUUUCUUCGACCGAUGCGGGGCCCAGCGACGACGACCAGAGCAACCUGCCUUCUCAGGAAGGGUCGUCGCAGCCUCGCCGCCCACGACAGCGCCGCCAGCCUCUCGCAGCGACGCCGACGGAGCAGCAGCAAAUCGCGGCGGCGGUGCUGCCGCCCGUCGGCGUGGCCGACACGGCGGCGUCCUCCGAGGAACAGGGGACGGCCAGGCAGGACGAGAGCCUUCCGGAACAGCAGGUUGCCUUGCCGAGGCGUCGCUCGACUAGGCGCAAGUCGAUACGGGGCUCGCGGGCGGGAGGGUCGCUGCUGGAAGAGAACACAGCGGCUCCACAAGUGGGAGCACCCGUCUUCUUGCAAGAGGGGCCGGGUGGCGGUGGCAGCGGCGGUGUCGGCGGUAGUGGGCGGGCCUUGGUCGUGGAGGCGGAGCGGGGAGGGGCACAGGCCACGACCGACGUUGCCGUGGAGCAGGGGGGAACGGUCAUGGCUGGCUUGUUGAACAAGUGCCUCGAGGCGGCGCUAGCGGAGGUGCCGCAAGGCGACGACGUCCUGCCGCUCCUGCGUGACCUGUCGGACGCGUGGAUGGACGCGGAAGCGUGCGCCCUCAAGAACACCGACGACGCCGACGACGACGAGAUGCACCGGAGGGGCGCCGUGGUGGGGGCAGGCAAUGCCGGGCCGCCUAGAGUCGUGCGCCUGUGCGCGUUCAACUUUUCCACGGUCGGCAUGCCAUUGGACACCGCCACCGGAUCGGAGCUGCAAGCGCUGGAGGUAGUGCGGUGCCUGCAAGGCGUCGUCACCGCCCUGCACAAAAUAGAAAAUUUCCACCGGCGUUGUAACUUGGUCCUCAAGACCACCGGAGGCAGCGGCGACGAGAGCAACGGUAACAGCCACAGACUCGUCGCGUGGAGAGCGUUUCAGCACGAAGUUCGUGCUGCUGCUGCGAAUGGUAAUGCUUCAGGAGGAGGAGGAGGGGCGAUAGCAGCGCCCGGCGGAGGAGGAAGGGGCCGUCAAGGACGGCGGCCGUCAGCGGGCAUGAAGGAGAAGGAGAUGGCCAAGGCGGGCCUUGUCCUGCUGGGAGAACUGGAGCCCCUAGAGAGAAGCCCCGAGGGUCUUGUCAAGAGUCCGCUGAGGGAUCGGCUGGCGAGCAUGCUGUCCUCCCUGAUCCGGUUCCACCUCAGGAUUCGCCUCGACGCUCCGCCGGAGAGGCUAACCAGGGCCCCCGAGGCCCUCCCAUCCUGCGGGGACCCGUCUUACGCGGAGGCAAAGAGGAGGGCCGAGGUUCUGCCCCCCAGUCACUUCAGCAAGGUUCACACGGUGGUGGAUGUUUCCGAGACGGACGCAACGCUCGGCGCUUCCUUCUCAAAGGCAUUGUUCAGGCUGGAGGGGUUCUCCUGCGAGAUGGCCGUCGAAGUUCUCUCCGCUGCGGAGGCGUUCGCUGCCGCGGACCAGACCAGGCUCGCCGAGAGGGACGGCGGCUGCCCCGCAAGGGUGGAGAGCGCGGGACGGCUCCUGUCGGCCACGGCGGAUGUUGUCGAUGCUGUUCGUGCAAGGAAGUUUGUGCUGUCUUUGCUGGAGUUGGAGGGCGUCGAGGAAGCUAUCGUCGAGGCGGGGGGGUGGGGCAACGUCGAGAUGUGGGCUUCUUCUCUCAAAGGGCUGAAGGGCUGUGCCGACAUCGACGAGCCUCUCACCCUUCUUUCGGACGUCGGAGCGUUCAAGGCCUGGCUGAUGAGCAAGCCCACGUGGGGGCACGCGACCGCCGAGGGUAUCCUCCGUUCGCUGCUCGAACUGCGGGCCCUCAGGGGGCGGGUGGAGAGGGCCAGACAGAGGUGGAUGUGCCCCGAGGCGUACCAGGCGCUGCGGCAGGAGAUCCUGGAAGCAGCGCACGACAGGUUCAGGUUUCCGGAGUUGAAGAAGAAGGAAGGGAAGGCGGCGGCGGAUGGAAGGGUCGAGGCAGCUGUCGUGGAGCAGAGCGCCGGCAAGGGGAAACCUGUAAAGAAGACGGCGGCGUCCACGAGGAAGCAGAAAGGGAAGAAGAAGGACAAGGAGGAGGAGAAGAAGACAGGGGGGCAGAGGAAAUCGACCGCUGCGGGGAAGCGGCGGAGCACGGCUCGUUCACCAUCAGACGCCGACGGCUCGUCCGGGGUGGCAGAGGCGCCUUCGCCUCCUCCCAGCACUGUCGUCGCCACCGACCAGCCUCCCGCCGCCGGCAAAAGCACGGCCAAGAGCAAGCGCAAGCGGCGGUCCAGCAUCGCAUGACCGCAGUUACAAGGAGUAGCCCGGCACCCUAUCUGUAUCCCAACCACAGCCAGCGAGCGUGGUCGGUCGUGUGUAUGUACGUCUCGGCACCAGUUCGGUCUUGCGGCGGCGCACAGACCACGGCAACAGAAGCAGCGUUGGGAAUAAUCUUUUGCGGGUGGGCGUUACGUUUUGUCAACCGGGGGCUACAAGGACGUGGUUGUCCUUUUGUAUUGUACAAUUUCGAGGGUGAUACGACGGUCAGCAACCAGUCCGGAAGUUAUUUCUGCACGGUUAGCGAUGCCGCCCCAGCUGUCGUGCCGACUUUCUGAUACGAGGGACGAGAUGAGUACCAUUUCUUCUUAGGCUAGCCAAGCUUGUUGGCGUGGUUCGAUGAACGCGCGCGAGGUGGUUUGCUACGGCGUUUGCUUCCUUGCCGAGGGUACAGGGCGCCUGGUGCAAGGACCGCGUUUUUUAUCAUGUAGACUAUUUGUUGUUUCUCAGAAGACGAAUGGGUGUUGUCUUACUGUAAAGUACUUGGUUGCCUGCUGUCGUCGUCGUUUUGGGGCAGUAAGUCGUAGGGAUACCUACAGUACUAAAUUCUCGACAGGGGCGGUUGUGUUCGUAUAAUAUCAUCAUCAUAGACCCUCACAUCCCCACUAAGUAAGUCGGCACGACUACCCCGAGCCUUCACCAACCGUGCUUGGGAGGGGGGCGGUCGGAUGGAUGGGGGGGGGUCACCACACUGACGUUCCGUAUGUCUACACAGACAGGUCAUGAACGAUACCACACGCUUGCUUGCAAAGUAUUAAGGGUCCAUAUAUACACGUAGUCCUUCUGUUUUUUGGACAGCCUACUGUAGAGUAGUAGUUUACGUUUGUUUGCGGGUGCUUACACACCGCAGCGUCCUGUCCUGCUGCUUGCUGUCGUUGUUGGUGUCGCGAGGAUUGAAGUAGUUCUCCGUGUGAUGGGCUAUUUUCGUGAGACACACACAGUAUGCCCCCUAAGAUGAUAGUGUUUUGAUAC